CUCCGACCUCAAUCGGCAGCACCACUGACCACGCCGCCAUGGCUGCGAACGAUGCCACCCUCACGCCUUGGGCGUCGUCCGGAGAGCCUGCGCCAACCCUUGGGCAACGGCUGCAGCAACUGCAGUUCGAGCGCGGCCAUUUUCGCGACAUCACCGAAGAAAGCUUGAGGGCAGAAAUGGCUGCAGAUGAGAACCCCGAAUCUGGUGCCAACACCGACGAUGGCGCCGACGAGCAGGACGAUGAAGUGCAAGAUGGCGACCAGAGGCCCACUACGCGUCAGGAUCUAUAUGGGAUACGGCAGCAGCUCCUCACCCACGUCGGGCAGGCUCACCAAGAUAUCAUGAUCGCCCUCGAUGCCAUUUCCAUCCUCGAAUCGACGUACGCCCCUGCUCAAGGUGCUGCGACUAUCUCACAGAUAGCGAAGCAAACUGUGCCGACAGCUUCCAUCGGAGCAGAUGUCUGGGCUCGCACUCCUGCCGAUCCCGCUCGUGAAGCUCAAAACAGAAUCAUUGCGACCAACGUACGCGCCAAAUCCCUCAGUGAAAGUGCAGACAGCUUGCUCGCAGCUGCUGCAAGAUUGCAGGAUAAUGUUAGGAAAGAGGCGCGGUACUGGUCACAAAUCAAGGAGAUCAUGGCAAAAGGCUGGAAUGUUAGUCGGAUGCCCGGUCAGAAGCACAUGUGCGUGCACUUUGGCUUCAACGGUAGCACGAGGUCAGGGCGGACCACGGCUGCACUGAUCCAAGAUGACGAGGGCAACAUCACACUUGAACGAGGUAUUGGUGCCCGUCCGCAGGCGGUGAGAGCGAUCUUGAAGAGGGGCAAUCGCGUUGUGGGAACUUCCAGGCUACCACUGUUGCCGGAAGAACGAGAGCCGACACUGGAAGCAAGAGUUCGUCACGCAAGGGACAGUCUCUUUGACGAAGAACUAUAUCACGAAAUGAUCCGAGAGUCUCGAACCCUGUACGGGCAGGGCGUGACGAUGAAAGGCAAUUCGAUCACAUUCACGUAUAAUGAUGCCAUUGGUAGUAUCAAAGUCGAGCUCGAUCUGGUGUCGCUCGAUGAAAACAACGAUGUGGACAGUGACGGCUCGCAAGAUCAAGUUGCCAAUGCACUCAUGCUCACUGCUCGACUUCUACUCGGACGAGCGCAUCGCAAACGCACCAAACAGAAGGCUGAAGUCCCUGCCCCCAUGAAAACCAAGGAAGACCGUAAAGAGCCUUUGCAAAUACUUGCGCCAAUACUGGUGUUCAUGGGUCAUAGUGCCAAUGUCCAUCAGAUCAACGCAUAUGCUAACAGAUUGGGUGCUCUCUUGAAGAGAGCGCAAAUUCCUGCUACUGUGCACAAGGCACGCGUGGAACUUCCGAUCGAUACAGAAGGCACAAUAACUACCGAGUCCCUGUACGAAGCUCUUUUCCGACAAUCAUCGGCGACGGCUUCCAUUGAAGUUGCCUCGCUUCCACCCUUCAAGCUCACGGUCGGCAGUACGCCUGAGGACACCGUGUGGCACACCUUCAGCUACGUCAAGGAGGGGCAGACAUUUGACUGGACAAAUCUCAAAGACCUCACGGAGGACGUUGAUCAGUAUAUCACUGACGCGGUCGCUCAGUACCUUACAUCCGAAUGCGAGGGUUGGAAAUUCCAGCCUAGGAGUGGACUGCUUGUCAGAAAAGGAGCUGCUGGUCAGCUGUCGGCUUCAGUAGAACUGCAUACGGACGAGGGCACUUUGGAGCUCAAAGGCGGGAAUGAGACUGCAAAGUGGACGCUCGAAGACGUUGGCAGCGAUGCUCGGAGCAUUGUGACUGCUCUCGCUGACAUUGCAAAAGAUUAGAUAUCUUUGUAUUUGGACAACGCAAGUUCCAGAGCUCCAGCCAGCUCUUCCAUUUGUGAAUGAUCUCUUUUGCACAAAC